GAGCUUCACUGAAACUCAAAGAGUAACAACUUGUUCAAGCCUCCUUUAUCUUAAUUGUUUUCAUUGUUUUUAAUUGUUCCAAUGUCACUUUCUCUGAUUGAAACCGAGAAUCAACAAGUGGUCCAUCUUUAAAUGCCAACCAAUUUCCUUCUUUUCAUCUUCUAACUAGAAGACAAGAAAAUCGUCCUUUCUCUCUCUUUCUCUCUCUCUCUCUCUCUUUCUCUGAAUCACUUGUAUUUACCUUUUCCUCCACUUCCCUUUCUCUCUCAUUUCGUUUCCACUGACAGUCCGGGGACAAAAUGAUCGGUGGACUGUUCAUUUAUAACCACAAGGGCGAAGUCCUGAUCAGUCGCAUGUACCGAGAUGACAUUGGUCGCAAUGCUGUUGACGCUUUCAGAGUCAACGUUAUCCACGCCCGUCAACAAGUGAGAUCACCAGUUACCAACAUCGCCCGAACCUCGUUUUUCCAUAUCAAACGAUCCAACCUGUGGUUGGCCGCCGUCACCAAGCAGAAUCUGAAUGCUUCAAUGGUGUUUGAGUUUCUCCUGAAAAUGUGCGAGGUCAUGCAAAGUUAUUUUGGAAAAAUCAGCGAGGAAAAUGUCAAAAACAAUUUUGUUCUCAUCUAUGAACUUCUUGAUGAAAUCCUUGAUUUCGGUUACCCUCAAAACACCGACACUGGAAUCCUUAAGACAUUCAUCACCCAACAAGGUGUCAAAUCUCAGACUAAAGAGGAACAGUCUCAAAUCACCUCUCAAGUGACUGGACAAAUUGGUUGGCGAAGGGAAGGAAUCAAAUAUAGACGGAAUGAGCUUUUCCUUGAUGUUCUUGAAUAUGUCAACCUGUUGAUGUCCCCGCAGGGACAAGUGUUAAGUGCUCAUGUGGCUGGAAAAGUGGUCAUGAAGGCUUUUCUAUCGGGAAUGCCCGAGUGUAAAUUUGGAAUCAAUGACAAACUAAUUCUAGAGAGCAAAGGAAAGACAAGCUCAGCUCUGGAUGAUCCAACUACUCGAGGUGGAAACGUAGGCUACCCAACAAAAUCUUCCAUCGCAAUAGACGAUUGUCAAUUCCACCAGUGUGUUAAACUGUCCAAAUUCGAGUCGGAACAUAGUAUUAGUUUUAUUCCCCCCGAUGGUGAAUUUGAAUUGAUGAGAUACCGAAUUACUAAAGACAUCUCAUUCCCCUUCCGAAUCAUUCCUUUGGUCCGAGAAGCAGGCCGAACCAAGAUGGAGGUGAAAGUGGUCCUCAAAAGCAACUUCAAGCCUGCGGUGGUCGGGCAAAAGAUCGAGGUUAAAAUACCAACGCCCCUGAACACAAGUGGUUGUCAACUGAUUUGUAUGAAAGGAAAAGCGAAAUACAAGGCGAGUGAUAACGCGAUUGUUUGGAAGAUCAAGAAAAUGGCCGGAAUGAAGGAGACACAAUUAAGUGCUGAGAUCGAGUUACUAUUAACGGACACCAAGAAGAAAUGGAAUCGACCUCCGAUAUCGAUGAAUUUCGAAGUACCAUUCGCUCCUUCUGGCCUCAAGGUUCGGUAUUUGAAAGUAUUUGAACCAAAGCUCAACUACUCCGACCACGAUGUCAUCAAAUGGGUCCGUUACAUUGGCCGAAGUGGUUUAUACGAAACGAGAUGUUGAUUCACAAAAGAUCCGAUUGAUUUGAUCAAAUCAAUCAUUUUAUCGAUGAAACUCCCACCAUUUUCUCUCUUUUUCUUCUCUUUUGCCUCCUCUCUUUUUCGAGUGUUAAUUGUUAUGGAAAACAAUUAUUUAUUAUUCCAAGGGUAGAUAAAUAAAUUUAUAUAAUUUAAGUUGCUUGUUGAAAA